AUGAAGAAUGUUUUAUUCUACUACUUUCCAGCUCUUCCGCCUCUUCUUCUCAUCCAUCUUGAAGUUGCUGGAAUUUUCCGGUUUCUCAGCCUGAUAUUUCCAUACGGUAUCAACAUUAUCAGGGAAAGAGAAUAA